AUGUCUGCCGCUACCACCUCUCCGUCCAUCGCAAUCCGCAAGGCCUCUUUCUCGACUGGCCCUCCGAGGAACGCCUCUCCCACUACUGAAUCGCGCAACUCUUCCCGCAACUCCUCAUGCUCCUCGCCUAAUCGAUCAAAAAAUAGCAGCCGUCGCGAGUCGUUCGGCUCAAUCAAAGAAGAUAUUGACGGAAUUGCGCAAUCCUUCGUGGACACUCACGUUGAACAUUCUGCCAGAGAGCCUCCCAAGCUGGACAACCACGACAUGCAACAUGGCCCGGAGUUCUGCUGCCCCUGCGGAGGAUUCUUGGGCUGGAAACAGAUUCGUUUGGGUGGAAAGAGCCUCAGCAGGAGCUACAGUGACCUCCGGGGCCUUGGGAACAUGACUGCCCGCGGCUGGGCCUGGGAAGAGACUCCAACCAUCGCUACUCCGACUACCAAGACACCGGAGGUGAAAGAGCAGAAGCCAGAACCCGGGUCAGAGCCCGGGCCAGAGCCGGGAACAUCUGUGCUGGAGAAAUUGCCCCCGGAGAUUCUUGACCAAAUAAUAUCACACCUUGCUUUGGACGUCCCUCCAAACGGCUAUACACCACGAAAUGUCGACUUGAUUUCGUGCCUGCUCACUUCGAGGACCUUGCAUGCGGCAACCCUAAGUGUGCUGUACAGGAACAUGACGUUCCCACACUCCAUUAUCUUCUCCAAAGCCCUCAACCACAUGUCACAGUACCCGGCCUUGGGAACCCUAGUUCGCCGCCUCGACUUUUCUCACUUUACCUCCGUUGGUCUUGGCCGCACCAAGCAGAUGAACUCUGAGAUCCAAAACUUGACGUCCACGACGCUCCUCAAAUUCCUAGAGCUGCUUCCAAACCUAAAGGAAUGCUUGCUCCAGGAGCACCUCGAAGGCGAUAUCAGCGUGGAAGUUCUGACCAAGCUGUUCACUGGGCUUCCCAAUUUGACUGGUCUUGAUUUUUGUGGUAGCUCCUCGUCGGCCUUCUCGGCUAUCUUCCACCAGUCUUUGCACGCUGGACGUGGCCUUCCGCUGACCCUGCCGAAUUUACGGCGAAUUUCCUUCCACGAAUGCAGCGGCAUUCCUUCUUCGUCCUACGAAAUUUUGUUCCCUAAGCUGGUUAAUCUGACCCAUCUCGAUCUCACCCACACCCAGGUCAGCGAGGAUGCAUUAUUCGCAAUCCCAGAGACUGCCCGGAUCACUCAUCUGAGUCUUUCGCGGUGCAUUCGACUAGGAGGACCGCGAGUGGUGGAAUUUUUGACAACGCACCCAGCUGUGAAGGACUCCUUGGUAUUCCUUAACGUCAUGACGGACGCUUCCCGAUACCGGCUCCUGGAGGAAGACGACGUACGGAAGCUGCUUCCCAAGCUCCCGACCUCGCUUCGUUCGCUCAACCUUGGGGGUGCUAGAAUCACCUCAGACCACACUGAGGCUUUGAUUCCCUUGACCAAGCACUUGGAGGAGCUGGGCCUCAGCUCGGCAGAUCUGUCAGCCCAGGAUCUCAGCCGCUUUUUUGCGCCUCCUCAACCCAAAACCACAUCAGGCUCGAAAGUGGCACCCUGGGAGCCAUCUACCCUUUGCUACCUUGACCUUACCAAGGUGCCUCGCAUGACGGUGGGCACGGUUUUCAACACUAAUACUUGCCUGUUGCUUGCGAAGCAAAGCUACCCUCUUCAAGUGAUUGAGUUCAACGACAAACUCAUAACGCCACUGCGCGAGAAACCAAAGAAUACCAAGAGCUCUCCCGACUGGACAGUCCGUGAAUUAGGCCGUCGCGGAUGGUAUGUCCGUGACCCUGCCUCGAUGCCUGACACUCCGAUCGAUGAUGGCUCUCGUUCUUGGAAGAUGGGAGCUCGGUGGUGGGGAAUGAGGAAAAUCCCCGUUGCUGUUGGCGACGUUGGGGGCCUCUAUGGACACUACAUGUUCAAGAGAUGA